AUGCUCCACGAAAUACUCCUCUCCCUCUCGGGAUAUCCUUCUCCGCUCCUCACUGCCGAUAACACAUCCUCAUCCUCCAUCCUGUCCCCCUCCGAAAAGUCCCUCCUCUCCUCUGUCGCCCAUUUGAGUGAUCUUCACUGCAAGCUCCUGGCGCACACAAAUACUAUAUCUUCAAAGCACUCUUCGAGUAUCUGCCAAGCUGUCGCUACAUCUAUAAGCUCCGUACAUCUUGCAAGCUUUCAACGCAAAGUGCUUGAGGUCGAGAAUGGUAUUUUGCGCAAAGAUGCUGGGAGCGUUGGUGCAUACAAUAUUGUGCCGUUGACAUUUAUCGUGGAGAAGUUCUCUGGCUGGACGAGGCGAAUGGAAUGGUUUUUGGAGAUUGUGGACUUUAUGAUGCAAGAUGUGGGUGGAAAGAAGUGCAGUGGGGCAAUGGUCAUUGAUAGGUUGUGCAGUGCUAUACAAACGGGAUAUGCAGACAUAGAGGAGGCAGCAUUAAGUCUGGUGAAGGUUGCGCAGACAGCUUGGCUGAAGCAGGUUUCGGCCUGGAUUCUAUAUGGGCGGUUACCAAGUUUCGGACGUGGUGACUUUUUCGUACAAGAAGACGAUUCACAUGACUACAUGAACGUCAAAGAAUUGUUACCGGCGUUCGUGUCAGACUCUACCGCAUCAUCGCUUCUUUUCAUUGGACGAUCCUUGAAUCAUAUUCGAGUCAAGGGCAUCUCAUCUUCGUCCUCCCCGGAGCUUGAUCUAUUAUCAUCUCACUUGCGACAGUUAUCAACAAUCAAAUUCCCAAUAAAUGGCGCCAACUUCGCACGAGUCAUAGCCGCUAUACGUCUCUCCCUAUCUCAAACUACUUUACAGAAGCUGCUACCCUUAAGCAAAGUAAUUGAGGCCCUGACUUUAUUACGGGAAUUUUUUCUACUUGGCAGAGGAGAAUUUGCCAUAGCGUUGAUAUCUGAGGCUGAUGAAAAAAUCCGAUCAAGAUGGAGAAGGUCUGACACCUUAGGCUAUGAGAAGAAGGAUGGUCUGGGUAACAUCGUCGUUAAGGAAGGGGAAGUCACUGCAGUCCUUGCUAGGACCUGGGCUGCGAUGGGCGCACAAAAGGGUCAAAAUGACGAAGAGGAUGAUGACGAUUUGCUUGAACUUGCAAGAGACCUUGUUCAGUUGAACAUUAUGAAGGGGAAUACGAAUACGCCAGGGAAAGCCAACUGA